UUCUAUUACAUGAGUACAUAUUUUUUCCACAAAAUCAAGCUUGAUCACUAUAACCUUCUAUUAGAAAUUGAUUCCGGCAAAACUCCGGUGGCGUUCCUCCGCCGCGCUAUGCCCUCGUAGAAUCCCGAUCAUUCGAAACUGCCAAUUUUUCAUAUAUUUACUUCGAAGCUCACGGAAGAAGAAAGAGUCUGUCAAUCUCAUCUCUCUCACCCCACGAAAUCCGAAGCAGAGGUCAGCAUGAAUUGCGCGCGGCAUAGAUAGAAACUAUGCUCCCGCUUCGCUUCCACCUCUCCCUCCAUCGGGGCCUCCGUCCUCUCUCCCAUUUCACUCCCUUCGGGUCUAGGCGAACCCUAGCCUUCUCACUCGAAUCGAAACUGCGAUCGGUGACCAUGAUGUCGUAUAUCACCGCUACAGAGACAUCGCGAAGGCUUCUCUUUAGGCAGCUCUUUGAGAAGGAGUCAUCCACCUACACCUAUCUUCUUGCCGACAUUGGGCAUCCCGAGAAGCCCGCCGUGUUGAUUGACCCAGUAGAUAAAACAGCAGAUAGAGAUUUAUCUCUGAUUAAGGAUUUGGGAGUGAAGCUCAUCUAUGCUAUGAAUACUCAUGUACAUGCUGAUCAUGUUACUGGAACUGGCAUCAUAAAGAGUAAGGUUCCAGGUGUACAAUCAGUCAUCUCUAAAGCUAGCAAUGCGAAAGCAGACCAUCUAAUUGAGCAUGGCGACAAAAUAAGUUUUGGUGAUCUCUAUUUGGAGGUCCGUGCUACACCAGGGCAUACAUUAGGCUGUGUUACAUAUGUAACCGGUGAUGGACUUAAUCAACCAAAUCCUAGAAUAGCAUUUACUGGCGAUGCUGUGCUGAUACGUGGUUGUGGUAGGACAGAUUUUCAGGGAGGAAGUUCUCGUCAGCUCUACCAGUCGGUCCACUCGCAGAUAUUCACAUUGCCCAACGACACACUUCUCUAUCCUGCUCAUGACUAUAAGGGCUUCACCGUUUCUACUGUUGGGGAGGAGAUGCUGUACAAUCCUCGCUUGACGAAGGAUGAGGAAACAUUCAAGAGCAUCAUGGAAAGUAAGUAAACUGCGCCAAAUUAUAUUCCAUGCUUUUUAUCUGGAAGAAUUACAUGCAUACCACUUCAUUCUUAUGUAUUUACAUAUCUAACACCUAAACUUCAAUUUCUUACUUCUAUGCCACCUUACCUUUACA